GCACGCCCACCCCUGACCCUAUCAGCUUCACACAUGGCGGGUGUGACGUCAGAGCAGAUGACGUGUGACAAUGUUCCAGAAGGUAGGCUGAGCUAAUGUCCGUCUGUGGCGCUGACAGCGCUGCUGGGGGGGCGGGGUCGUAGCUUGUUCCGGGGAUCCGCCGUACGCUGUAAGCUGUGUGUCCUUCCUCCGUCCCCCCCUCCUCUACUGGCUGGAAGUUUCCUGAUCACCCCCCCGGACUUCCAUGGUUCUCUCCGGCCGCGAUGAGCCGCCCGUCCUCCGCUGGACCGUGUGCUAACAAACCGUGCGGUAAACAGAAGCCUCCGCCGCCUCCUCCACCGCACACCCCGUCCCCUGCGGUCCCCAGCACGACCCCCGCCGCCUCCAGCCCCGCCGCGCCCCCUCCAUCGGCUGCGGCGGCGGCGAUCUCCGGGCCGGUGUCCCUGCAGCAGCACAACGAGCUGACGUCUCUGUUCGAGUGUCCCGUGUGCUUCGACUAUGUGCUGCCCCCCAUCCUGCAGUGCCAGGCCGGGCACCUGGUGUGCAACCAAUGUCGCCAGAAGCUGAGCUGCUGCCCGUCGUGCAGGGCAUCCCUCACCCCCAGCAUCCGGAACCUGGCCAUGGAGAAGGUGGCCUCGGCUGUCCUCUUCCCGUGUAAGUAUGCUUCUACUGGGUGCUCUUUGUCUCUCCAUCAUACUGAAAAGCCUGAACAUGAGGACAUCUGUGAAUAUCGCCCCUACUCCUGUCCCUGUCCUGGAGCGUCCUGCAAAUGGCAGGGUUCAUUGGAAGCAGUUAUGCCCCACCUGACACAUGCCCACAAAAGCAUCACUACCCUCCAGGGUGAAGACAUAGUCUUCCUUGCAACAGACAUCAAUUUGCCGGGGGCCGUGGACUGGGUGAUGAUGCAGUUCUGCUUCAGCCACCACUUCAUGUUAGUGCUGGAGAAACAAGAGAAAUACGAGGGCCACCAACAGUUCUUUGCCAUCGUCCUCUUAAUAGGCACACGAAAACAAGCAGAAAACUUUGCCUACAGACUGGAACUCAACGGAAACCGAAGGCGUUUGACUUGGGAAGCCACACCUCGGUCCAUUCACGACGGGGUGGCAGCAGCCAUCAUGAACAGCGACUGCUUGGUUUUCGACACUGCAAUUGCACACCUGUUUGCUGACAAUGGGAAUUUGGGCAUCAAUGUCACCAUUUCGACUUGUUGUCCGUGAUCCUCAACGUCCUUUUUGUGGAGAAAACGUAUUUAAGUGGCCACGUCAGUGCUGUCUGCAUUUUAUUUUUAUUACAGCUGACUUUUUCGACGAGCAUCUUACAGAAGCGUUGCCAACAUUUUGUAGAGACUUUUUGUAGUUGUAAAUAAUCAGGCUGUGAAUUGUUUACCUGAAGAACGUAAUAAGAAAUAUCUUCUACUUUAAAUUAUUUUCAGAAAAAAAAGAUGGAUGUACUCUUUGAUUGUCACAUACCAGAUGACUCUAUUGUAAAACUUACGGUACAGCAGGUGAAAGUGUAGCAUUGUUGUAUUAUGCAGAUCUGUACAAGGUAGGACAUUUCUGGAGGUGCGUGCAGAAGCUGGAUCACAGCAGGAUAUUCCGGGUUCUAGUUUUGCGUACAAUGUAUUGGCGAAGCUUAUAUCUGAAUGUGCAUUUAUUCUUAUUUAAAGGUUAGUUUGUUUCCCUUUACCUGGGAUUUUGUGUGA